AUGUCGUACUUUGAUCGUACUGCCUCCCCAGUCAUGGGCCUGCCACCCCAGCCUGCCCAUCAGCUCUCCUUUGGCAGGCCUGUCUUCUCGCACCAGUCUCAGUCGCUCGGUCAUUCAGUCUCUUGUUCCACUCGUCCGUUCCUUCGAUCCAAUUCGACAUUCGCCGGCCGCAAACGCUCCAGAGAUGAGGCAGCAGCCAACCUUGACGAUCCAGAGAAGGUGGUCCCAGCUCCCAAAGUCGAAGAACCUGAAGACGAGUGGGAGUAUGGCCCCGGCAUGAUCCUCAUCAAGAAGAACAAAGGCUACACUCCCGAUGCCGGCAGCCAGUCCGGUACCUGGAUUGAAGAAAAGGCCGCUCAAGAACAUGCCCGCAAGCUUGAGGAGGCUACCAUUGCCCAGAAGAAGCUCUCUCAAGAACGCUCUUCCCUGCGAAGCAACAAGUCGCAACGUCUCGGCCUCUCAAACGACUCUGGUCCGUCGGAUCAGAUCGCACACAACGGAAACAACUCUGGCCGCGAUACCUCGCCCGAUGCGCCCACCCAACCAGUCGUUGACGACUUCACCAUGCAUCUCGGCAUCGGUUGGGCCCGCCUCAGCGAAGACGAGCACAUUCAAGCAGCUGCUCGUGGCUGGGCUCGCUACAUUGACAACCACUUCCCUGUCACUGGCGCCAAGAUUCUCCUGCAAAAAUCCCAGGAGGCUUACCUAGUUCAAGCUCGCGAGGGCAUCUUCCUCUUCGCCGAAAAUCUUCGCGAGGGCCGACUUGUCAGUUCGGAUCCCGAGCGAGCCUUCCUCAAUCUCAAGUCAUGCCCUGCCGUCUUCGAUGGCCCAAUGAUGACUGCUGUCGAGUCUCCUCGACCUCAAUUCCAAGACGCCAACAACUCGACGUGGAACACAUCCUCGACCGCACAACAACUUCCUACCGUUCCCGACAUGGACGUGGACAUGAACUGA